AUGUCCAACCAGCCCAAAGGAAACUCAAGCGCUAAGCCAAUAAAAAGAAAGAGCGAAGAAGCAAGCGACAGCCUCUCCGAGGAUUACACAAGCGACCCUGUCUCGUACGUAGACGAGGACGAUGAUUUUACAGACUCCUCAGACGACGCAGCUCCGUCCUCCACUCUAACAGAAAAUACUCUUGAGGAUGACGAUGAAAACUCCAGCUCUCUGGGAGACAACGACUCAACUUUUGACGAUAUCAACGAGCAAUCAGGCUCUGACAACUACGGAAGCAAAGAGGAAACAGACGACGACGAUAACGACUUUGAAUCAGGCAGUCAAGAUAGCAAUAACACCAAUAGCACGGAUUAA